AUGUUCAGCAGACUUGUGAAAGGGUGGAAGAAGAAAUGGGUUCCUCUCGCAAACCCUAACAAAUCAAAUUCCAACAAUAACAGUCACUCCCAUCUCCUCCGUUACAAAUGGACUCCAAUAACGCCGCUUUCCCACGGCGCAGAGGCCGCAACUCCGCCAACUUCUAAUCAAGAUGUCACUUCAGUCGUUGUGACGCCGCCUUCUGCAGCCGAGGAGUCGGAUGAUGAGAGAAAGUCUGAAGAUGCUAGCACAUCUUUGCAGCCAGCUCAAGGUAAUGAUUCUGAUAGAAACCCUGAAGGGAGUGAUGCCUUGAUGGAAGAAGCUCAGGUGUCGAAGAAAGAACAAACACAAAGUGAAGAUGCCAAAGAGACCAAUCUUGACUUGAGGUUAGGCUUAAGAGCUUGUGAUGAUGAUCAUGUAAAUGAUCCCAAAGCUGCUGGGAAAAGCGUUGGCCUGCCUGAAAAGUUUAGCUCAGUUGAUGUUACAACAAUUAAAUCUUCAGCUAAUUCAGAAUCUGAAUCUAGAAAGAGGAAUUCUUCUUCUGCAACUAAUUUGGAGAUGAGACUGUGA